UAUUCAUUAAAGACGGUUAAAAAACUAAUUUAAUAGGAAUACAAUUAAUUUUUUUUUUAAUUCUUACAGGUGGUUAACAAAUUAGUUAAUAUUCGCAUUUAAUAAAUGUGAAUCCAUCUUUAUAAUAUCCACAAACCACUUAACCUAAGAUUUCAGCCCCCCCAUUUUAAAAAACCAUGUCACGGCUAGAACUAAUACAAACAUUCAAAAAGGACACGGGUCGAGUAUGGAAUGUGAGCUGGCACCCGAACGGGGACUCGCUCGCGUCUUGCGGCGAAGACAAGUCGAUCAGAAUCUGGUCAAAGGACGGCUCCAAGUGGAGCAACAAAAUCGUAUUGACGGACGGCCACAAACGGACAAUCAGACAGGUGGUUUGGUCACCGUGCGGCGAUUUUCUGGCGUCCGCCAGCUUCGACGCCACCACCUGCAUAUGGGACAAGAAAUCCGGGGAGUUCGUGUGCAAUGUUACGCUCGAGGGGCACGAAAACGAAGUAAAAAGUGUGGCGUAUUCGUCUGCCGGUAAUCAUUUGGCGACGUGCAGCCGAGACAAGUCCGUGUGGGUUUGGGAAGUCGCCGGUGAGGAUGAAUAUGACUGCGUUGCUGUUUUAAACGGGCAUACGCAAGACGUUAAAAAGAUCGUGUGGCACCCCACUAAAGAAUUGCUGGCGUCGGCGUCGUAUGACAACACCGUUAAAAUGUUCAGAGAUGACACAAUAUUGGGGGAUUGGAUUUGCUGCAACACAUUGUCUGGACAUGAGUCCACUGUGUGGAGUAUAUGUUUUGACAAGACUGGAGGAAGAUUAGCUUCAGCCAGUGAUGAUAAGAUGGUGAAAAUCUGGAAGGAAUAUCCACCAGGCAAUCCUGAAGGAAUACCAACAGAAGACAAUGAACCAGCCUGGAAAUGUGUUUGUACAUUAUCCGGACAUCACACUAGGACUGUAUAUGACAUCAGUUGGUGUCCCAAUACAGGAUUAAUAGCUACUGCAUGUGGAGAUGAUGCCAUAAGGAUAUUUAAAGAAGAUGACAACUGUGAUCCAAAUGCACCAACAUUUAGUUUAAUAAUAACAGUAGAAAAGGCCCACAGUCAAGAUGUGAAUUGUGUUGCUUGGAAUCCAAAAGUUCCUGGAUUGUUGGCUUCAUGUAGUGACGAUGCAGAAAUUAAAUUGUGGAAAGUUGUGGAAUAAUCCUGGUUGAUCCAAGUUUUAAAAUUGUAUAUUUUUACUUGUUUCUAAAUUGUAGAUUAGGUUGUAAAAUUAUAGAACAAUAAAGUUAUGUUAUUAAUUUA